GCGAGUGUCAGUUCUCCCUCGACUUCCGAAGCGAUCGCAGUUCUUUUCGCGAUGGGUUGGUUAAAUACAUUGCUCUUCUUGUUGCUCCCAGCAGUUGCACUGCUGUACAUUUACAUCCGGCAUAAGUAUUCAUACUGGGCGGAUCGCAAUGUGCCCUACGUUCCGGGACGCUUACCAAUGGGAUCUCUGCAGGGUAUUGGUCGCACGCGGCAUUCCACCCAGCUAAUGGAUGACAUUUAUAAACAGUUCAAAGACACCGCUGGCGCCGUUGGGUUGUACAUGUUUGUGCAGCCCGUGCUGCUGUUGUGCGACUUGGAUCUAGUGAAGCAGGUUCUGGUGAAAGAUUUCAACAGUUUUCAUGACCGAGGAAUGUACGUGAACACACGGGACGACCCACUUUCGGCGCAUCUGUUUGCGAUCGAGGGCGAGAGGUGGCGUUUUCUAAGGAACAAAUUAAGUCCUACAUUCACAUCCGGCAAGAUUAAGAACAUGUUCCUGACAAUCAGAGAAAUUGGCGAUGAGUUUUUGCACAGUUUUGACAAAUAUGCAGAGGGGAAGCAACCGGCGGAUGUGAAGGCUAUGGCGCAAAGAUUUACCUGUGACGUGAUUGGAUCGUGUGCUUUUGGGCUGGAGUGUAAUUCAUUGAAGAACGAGGGCUCGAAGUUGCUGACUAUCGGUGAUCAGAUGUUCAAACCCAACCUGGCACAAAUGAUGCGGAUUUUUUUCACUCUCAGCUAUAGGAAAUUGUCACGGAAACUGAGGUUAACUCAGACCCCUCCGGGAGUGACGGCCUUUUUUAUGGACGUUGUGCACAGCACGGUAGAAUAUCGAGAGAAAAAUAACAUUAUGCGUCCCGACUUCCUGCAACUUCUGAUACAAUUGAAGAAUAAAGGAACGGUCGAGGAAGAAGUUGAGGAGUCCUUUGACAAGCUUACGAUGGAUGAAGUCGCCGCUCAAGCUUUUUUGUUCUUUUUCGCCGGUUUCGAAACUUCGUCUACGGCUUUGUCUUUCGCUCUUUUUGAGUUGGCCAAUAAUCCAGCCAUUCAAGAGAAGACGCGUGAGGAAAUAAAGCGCGUUUUGGCGGCUCACGGUGGUCAUAUUACUUAUGAGGGACUUAAAGAAAUGACGUAUGUGGAGCAGGUUGUUAAUGAAACCCUUCGCCGAUAUCCACCGCUGGGAAAUUUGAUGCGCGUUGCAAAUCAACCACACCACAUCAGCUCACCCGAUGUCACCAUUGAGAAGGGCACAAUGGUGAUGAUACCGGUGUAUGCGAUUCACAACGAUCCGCAAAUCUACCCAGAACCGUCCCGUUUCGAUCCUGAUCGGUUUACGUCGGAGGGGAUCAGUGCUCGUCACAGCCACAGCUUCCUACCGUUCGGCGAUGGGCCCCGAAACUGCAUCGGAAUGAGAUUUGCUCUGCUGGAGGUCAAAUUCGGAAUCGCUCAACUGCUGAGCCGACUCCGGUUCACGGUUAACGAGCGCACCAUCGUUCCGCUGGAAAUCGAUCCCAAAUCAUCGCUGAUGGACACCAUAGAUGGGGUGUGGCUGGAUGUCGAGAAAAUUUAGUCAUCGACAAGAGUGUGGUGUGUGUGGAUGACAUCAUUGACGCGAGAAUUACGCAACGACAAGCGGCAUCAGUGCGAGUGGGAUAGCCAUUGAAAAUAGUGAAUGAAAUUGGCGAGUCCAAGUGAAGACAAACACGGACUCUCGGCGGCUGCGCUGUUAAUGUCUCAGUGGCUCAUCACUAAUCUGCUCAUGAUAUUAAUGCUGUUUUGUGAAGAUUGAUUAGAUAAUAACACGAUGAUAUAGUUGCAAAUUUGAGAACAGUUGAAUUGAAGCUCGAUCCAGUUGAAAUAUUGACGCAUUAACUCUAUUUUAAGAUAGUUUUGAUGGAAUGCUGGAUUUCGGUCUAUCGAAAUAAAGAUUGUUUAUUGCAUUUACCAAUGUAGGGGAAAAGCGGUUAAAAUGAACACCCUAAAGAAUAUGCCCAUUUACUUCGUCCACAUACUGCUACAAUUUCCGUUCUUCGAAGAAUAUUAUAGCUUAACUAACUGUUGUUCAAGAUAUCAAACGGUUUUUAUUAUAAAAAAUAAAAAUUAUACAUUUUUCAUUAAAACAAAAUAAGAUGUAAAAUCGAGCAUUUUUUAUCGUGCGGUUUAAAUGAUUACAUGGUGGUGGUGAAAUAAAAGAGACGAAGGAAGGAAGGAAGGUAUUGAAUUAGAGAGACUUUAAACUCUGAGAG